UGCAGCUAUGAAACUUAUGUUCCAUCGAAGUGUGGAAAAGUACGGUGUUAGAUACACAAAAUACCUUGGUGAUGGUGACUCCAGCUCCUUCAAAACUGUUUUGGAAAGUGAACCUUAUGGUCCCCAUUGUGCUAUAGAAAAGUUGGAAUGUGUUGGACAUGUGCAAAAACGAAUGGGAGGCAGACUUUUAAAAUUGAAACGUGAAUUGAAGGGCAGGAAACUUGAGGAUGGAAAACUUUUAGGUGGUCCCAACAGACUCACAGACAAAGAAAUUCAUUCUUUACAAGUGUACUAUGGCAAGGCAAUAAGGGACAACAGUGGAAAUUUGAAUAACAUGCAGAAGGCUGUGUGGUCUAUUUAUUUUCAUAAACUAUCCACAGAUGACAAACCUGUACAUAAUUUGUGUGACAUAUCGUGGUGCAAAUUCAAGCAGGCUGAGCGUGAUGGCAUGAACUAUUCACACAAGCACAGUUUACCUGUGGCUGUUUUAAGUGCUAUAAAACCAACAUUUAGGUGUUUAGCAGAGCCAGACCUCCUACGAAAGUGUGUGCAUGGAAAGACACAAAACCCUAAUGAAAGUUACAACUCACUGAUUUGGAAACGUUGCCCAAAAACAACAUUUGUUUCAACAAUUAUUGUUGAAAUUGCUGCAUAUGAUGCUUGUUUAGUUUUUAACAAUGGUAAUCUUGGAAGAAUAAAAACUCUACAGAGGCUAGGAUUUCAUCCAGGAGCUUUCACCUAUUCAAUAUUGAAGGACAUCGAUGACAAAAGAGUUGCUGCGGCUGAUAUUACAGCCAAUAAAAUUGAACAGCAGGUUAACCAAAGAAGACAAGCAAAGAAGAGACUGCUUGCAGAUGAAGAGGAGUAUGCAUAUGGCUUGCACUAGUUCACACAGAGACGGGAAAUUGGGAGACCCGUAAAAACUGAACAAAAGAAGAUAUAAAAAUUCUGCUCCACAGA